AUGAGUUUUUAUCAACCAUCGUUAUCUCUUUAUGACGUCCUUAAUGCCCUCGCAGGGCAAGCACAAGCUCCUGAUAGAAAUGCUAUGUUCCUUCAAGAGCAACAGGAGCAGCAGCAGAGGGCUCAAUUAGAAGCAAGGGCAAGGGCUCAAGCGCAAUCCUACGCUCAAUUGCAUGCCCCAGGCGGCGCUAGAAGACGGUACCCCACCCAUGAGCCAGAUACCGGCGUACCGGCCAGCUACUACUAUGGGGCGGCCAGCAACCCACACUAUUAUAGGCCCCUCUAUUAUUACACAGGCGAAGAUGAUUCGGACGACAAUGACGAUUUAGAAAGUGACGAGACCGUCCCUCAGUACACAAAGACUCCUUUUUACUAUCAUAGCCGCGUUCCAAAUUAUGUGCCAGAAUCCUCCAUCGAGGGAAAUGAUUUACAGAAGCUUUUAAGUAACUUGUUCGGUUUCGCUGCACCAGCUUCGAGUGAGGCAGCAAAUGUGCCAAAAAGUGAAAAUGAGGCACCUGAGGCACGGCAGAGUACUAUUGAAAGGGCAAGUGACCCACAAGAGAAGGCAGCGGUCGAGAAUUCGAAGAAUGCAACAAGCAACCCUGAGAAAAAAGAAGACGCUGGUAGGGAUGUUCAAGACGCCUCGGCUGCUGAAACUGAGCCCAGACAUGGAAUCACACCAUUAAGCUCAGCAAAAAAGCAUUCUUUCUUGCACCAACAGGUCCGUUCGCCAGUUCCUGACCCUCUACAGGUUUCCAAACCUGAAACAAGAUUAGAUCUGCCUUUCUCCCCCGAAGUCAACGUUUACGACUGCGCUGACGCUUAUAUUUUGGUAGCUGCCUUGCCUGGUGCGACCUCAAAAGAUUUCAGGGUUGACUAUCAUCCAUCUUCGCACGAGCUUAUAAUACGUGGCGAUGUAGAGGAUAAAUUGGACGUCGGCGAAAAGUCUCUUAAAAUUAAUGAAUUGAAAUACGGUGCUUUCCAAAGGACCCUUAAGUUUCCCGUGCUGCCUCGUAUAAAGGAUGAGGAAAUUAAAGCUACAUACAAGAAUGGACUUUUGCAAGUUAAGGUGCCUAAAUUGAUCGAUGGUUCUGAGAAACCAGCACCUAAGAAAAGAAUUGUCAUAGAGGACAUCCCAGACGAAGAACUGGAAUUCGAAGAAGAUCCUAAUCCUGUCCAGGAAUGA